AUAUGUCAUGUCAUGGUAAGCUACGUAUUUUUUAUAAUUAAAAAAAAAACUUGGGAGAUUCCUUUUAAACAAAAUCACUUUUUAACGCCCUUCAAUAAUUUUUCCUCUUUUUUAAAUGAUUUUUUGAUGUCCAUUCAAGUGCUCCCUGCAACACAAUCUCCAGAUCCAAGAUUCCAAAUUUUAAUGGAUUUUAGACUAAAAAGAUAAAAUUUAAACAAAAGAGGGUGGUCGAUAGAUGGUCCAUCCGGGGCUUAGUAUUUUUUAUAGAAUAUAUUGAUGACUUUUAAGUCUUCUAAACGGAUUAAUAAGCCAAAGGGGACUGUGUUGGCACCUCCACGCCUGAGGCAUUGAUCGAUGAUCCAACAAUGCAGAGAGGCGUAUCAUCCAAAUGCCUAUUAUUUGAGAACCUCUGUUUGAACACCUGAAUACUUAAUAACCGGAUAAAAUUAACAUUAACAACGAAACUGUUCGUCUUCGAUCGAUCUACAUCUUAUCCACAGGCGAAAAAACUUCCCCGAUAGUCACAUUCUGGAGUUGGAAUGAGGUGUUCCGUGUCUAAAUCUUUCACUCUUCGGGUUCUUCAGUUAAAUUAUUAACAAUUCAUCAAUGAGCCGUAUAAUGGAAAAAACAGCGAGCAUUAAGAGUGAAGUAUCCACGAAGUCUGAUAGCAGCAACGAGGAGUUUUCUCAGUACCCGGUACUGCUCGAUCUUGAUGAAGUGACGAAGAAACAGCAAUUGGCGAGGAACGAGGUCGAGGUCGAAGUGAAGAACGAGAGAGAACUUGAGGAGACACCAGCUGUUUCUCGAAGGCAGACCCUGAGAAAAAGAUGGCAGGAACGAACUCCCGAGGGAGUUCUCGUCAUCAGGGUUCCUGAGCCUGAGCUCGUUGGACCUCAUCCCCACCUGGAGAUCCUCCAGGCGAACAUCAAACCCGUGCAGAGGGAACCCUCGCAGACCGAAAGAGAUUACAAAAAAUCGGCUUGCGAUCGAGAGCGUACGCGGAUGCGAGACAUGAACCGCGCAUUUGAGCUGCUGAGAUCGAAAUUACCGAUCUGCAAGCCCCCGGGAAAAAAGCUAUCGAAGAUCGAGUCAUUGAGGCACGCAAUCACCUAUAUCAGGCACCUGCAGAGUCUCCUGGAGCCUCAGUACCCAUAUGUGCCCAGUAUUCAGGAGAGAGGCAACUACUUUCCCACCAAUUCGCCAGUGGCAACUUACGAGACACAGCAUCCACCCCGAUGGGAAUCCCUGGCGUAUUACAGAUAUGAUUAUCAUGCACCCUUCAUGCCCCCUCUUGCACCACCCCCACUCCCCUCAAUCGCUAGAUCAAUGGAUGAUGGUGGACACAGUUACCGGUAUAAUCCACGUUCCUGAUAAAAAAUGUCUUCACUGUAC